AUGGCCACCCAAGCCCCUCUAUCUCUUCUCCUUACAUGUUUUCUAGCAUGCUUUGCUUCAACCUCGGCAGCAGCCUAUUACAACCCAUCACCCUGGAGUUCUUCUUCUUAUGCCCCCAGCACUCCUAACCCCAUUUUGAAUGCAAUAGACUCGUGCUGGCGUACGAAGUCGAACUGGGCGGCCAACCGCCGAGCAUUGGCCAAUUGCGCGGUCAGGUUCGGCAAAGAUGCAAUAGGAGGUAAAUAUGGGAAAAUAUACAUGGUCACCACAUCUAACGACGACGCGGUAAACACUAAACCGGGCACGCUUCGAUAUGGUGUUAUCCAAACGGAGCCGCUUUGGAUCGUUUUCGCCAAGGACAUGGUCAUCAAGCUGGAGAAUGAGCUUAUUAUGAAUAGUUUCAAGACCAUAGACGGGAGAGAGGCGAAAGUGGAGAUUGCUAACGGGCCAUGCAUCACGGUGCAACGCGUAAGCCAUGUGAUAAUACAUGGGAUCAGCAUUCAUGACUGUAAGAAGGGGAAAUCUGGCAAGGUUAGGAGUAGUUUGACGCAUGUUGGGCGUCGUGGCGGCUCCGAUGGAGAUGCCAUUGUAGUAUUUGCAGCCUCGAAUGUUUGGAUUGACCAUUGCUUUCUCGCCCGUUGCACGGAUGGGCUCAUUGAUGUUAUUCAUGCUUCCACCGCUAUCACCAUCUCUAACAACUAUUUCUCACAGCACGAUAAGGUAUUAUAA